GAGGAGCGUGCGCAGUGAGCUGGGUCCGGGGCUGUGUGGCUGGGGCUUGGGCUGGGCGGGCGUCCUGCACCUUGCGGGCGUGGCUGAGUUGUGUGGGCGGAGCGCGAGGGGCAGGGGUUUGUUCGUGUGGGAGGUGCACGCCGGCCAGUCCAGCGUCUUGCGGGCGGGGCUUGGGCCAUGUGGGCGGAUCCUGGCAGUGUGGCGGGGCGUGCGUGGUGGAGCCUGAUAGUGUGGGCGUGGCACGGAAGAACCCUGCCCCCCGUGUGGGCGGGGCGUGCGCCGUGCCCAAUUCGUCUGACAGGUCCCAGGGGAGCCCGCGCCCCGCGUGGCCGCCAAGGGGUGACAUGGGCACUCGAUGGGGUCCAGGCAGAAAGCCGUGCUCCCCUCACCCUCCCUGCCUCUGGUCUUCUGCAGACGGACUGGACUGAGCCCUGGCUCAUGGGGCUGGCCACCUUCCACGCGCUCUGCCUGCUCCUCACCUGCUUGUCCUCCCGAAGCUACAGACUACAGAUCGGGCACUUUCUGUGUCUAGUCAUCUUAGUCUACUGUGCUGAAUACAUUAAUGAGGCGGCUGCGAUGAACUGGAGAUUAUUUUCAAAAUACCAGUAUUUCGACUCCAGGGGGAUGUUCAUUUCUAUAGUAUUUUCAGCCCCGCUGCUGGUGAAUGCCAUGAUCAUUGUGGUUAUGUGGGUAUGGAAGACUUUGAAUGUGAUGACUGACCUGAAGAAUGCACAAGAGAGAAGAAAGGAAAAGAAAAGGAGAAGGAAAGAAGACUGAAGGGCAGCAGCUGCUUGGAGUUUACGUCCUUCCCGUCCACCCUGACUGCUCCCAGCGCUGCAGUGCGCGUGGUGUGGGCAUCCUUCCAGCUGACUCAUGGUUUGAAAAACCGUUGUUUUAUUUAAAUAUCCACAGCGGUAGGGCACACACUGAAGUCGGCUUUUCAGCCAGCACUGAAUGUAUCCAUCAGGACAUGCGUCUUCAGGCGCCUGAUCUUUGUAGUCAGGCUGUGGGAACGGUCUCUGCAGAGCUUCAUAACUGGGAAUUUGAUUUGAAGAAGUCCAUGUCAUAUGUGUAACUAGUACUAAUUAUAAAUAUAAAAUACACGAUAUAAAAUAUGAAACUCAAUAAUAAACAGUGCCACCUGUACAUGGGCACCAUGCCCUCCUCCUCGUGCUGUGUUUUCUAGCGCAUGCCACAGUUCGCAGUAGAGGGUGUUUUCACCUUCCAGGACAUGGGGCAAAGUUUGGAGACACCUGGUUGUCACUGGAGGGGGUGGUGCUCUUGGCUUCUCCUGUGGAGCCCAGGGGUGAUGCAUAAAAUCCUGUGUGCCUGGGUCAGCCGCAGCACAGACGAUGACUUGACAUGAAAUGUCAGCAGUGCUGGGGCAGAGAGACCUUGGAAGGAAGCUCUUGGAAAAUAUGUUGUAUCUCAGUUUGAUGAACCAAUUCACAAGAGGCUAGGCCCUCUCUAGCAAAGUUACGGGCUGCUUUACUGAAAACAGAAUGGAAGCCCUGAAGUCAACACUCCAUGGAGAAGCGUGUCUUUCCUAAUGUCCCGGUGUUCUGUUGAUUUAGGUGCUCGGGAACACAAUGCUCCCGGUUCUGUUAGGACAGGCAUACUGUUACUUUGCAAUAUCCACUUUAUAAAAUAGCUCCUGCCCAAUGGCUCUUGGUUCCUGUCAAAUGUGGACCUGUAGUUUAAGAAUGACAGGUGGUUAGAGACCCAGAUAUUUAAAAAUAGGUGUUCAGUAAGGGAAUACUCAUUGUGCAUUGUAUCUGAUAGCAUGCCUGAUUGUGCAUUUCUGAAAGUUACCGAUUCAAAAUGUAAUUGGAACAGUUAUCUUUGAUUAGACAAGCCUGGGAAGAGAAUGUUGAAGUGCAGAGCUCACCAGCCAAGUUCGUGUCCCUCUCGGGCCUUUGUGGCUGAGAAGUGGGACAGAAAGAUGAUUAAGGUAAUGUGUCCUCCCCCUGGCAUUGUCCAGGGCCGUUGUGUAGAUAUUUGACUUCGCUGACAGAAAAGAAACCAGGGAGUUUGUAGAGACUGUGCAUUUUUAGUAUAACAUUUUCACCAUCUGAUACGGUUUGGCUCUGUGUCCCCACCCAAAUUGCAUCUCAAAUUGUAAUCCCCAUGUGUCAAGGGAGGGACCUGAUGGGAGGUGAUUGGAUCAUGGGAGUGGUUUCCCCUAUGCUGUUCUCAUAAUAGAGAGGGAGUUCUCACAAGAUCUGCUGGUUUUAAAGAUAGCAGUUUCCCCUGCUCUCACUCUCUCUCUCCUGCCACCUUGUAAAGAAGGUGCUUGCUUCUCCCUCUGCCAUGAUUGUAAGUUUCCCGAGGCCUCCCCAGCCAUGUGGAACUGAGUCAGUUAAACUUCUUGUUUAUAAAGUAAUCCAGGUCUCAGGUAGUAUCUUUAUAGCAGUGUGAGAACAGACUAAUAAACCAUCUAUAUGUUAUUUGGACUUAAUAUGGGGCCGUGUGAUUGAAUCUUAGUUUGCCUGUGAUAAAGUAGUGUAACAGUAUUGCUAGCUUUGCAUGAAUUUGAUGCUGAUGACAUGUCAGUGUGAAACCAUGACGUGUGGUCUUUGGUUUUCACUCUGUAUGUGUGUGUCUGUGUUUUGGAGCAGUUAUAUUUUGGUUUUGUAAAAACAACCUUCACUUUAUUUUUAACUGUGUAGUAAGUUUAUAUUCAGUGCCUUGAAGUGCAUUGUUAACAAUUGUCUUGAUACGUUGUCCUCAUGUUAGGGAAAGUCAUAGAAGCCAAAAUGAUCAGCAGUUGAGUAAUUUACGAAAGCACAGGUGCAAUCCCACUUUAAAGCACCGGGGGUUGCACAGAGCACACUGGUUUCAGGCUCCAUAAAUGUGGAUGACUCACUGGAGAGCUUCAUCUGUUUAAGUAGAACAAAUGUUUUUACUCUACUGAUAAAGUACAGGAAAGGAGGUUUGUGAUAAAAAUUGUUUCUCACAUUCCAAACCUGUGACACCUUACGUUUAUCAAUUGCUAUGCAAUAAAAUAUAUCUUUAAUAAUA